UUGGGCCAGUUCCUGGGCAGUGACCAGCGCAGUAAAAAGCAGUGCAUUUCUAGGCCUGAGAAAAGUAUUUCCUGCUCCUGUUACAGGUGAAAAAUUAGAUGGUAGGAAGCACUGAAACAGUAACCUUUUACAGUGUUACAUUGUAAUUCUGUGGUCAUGGAGACUGGGAGAAUCCCGCGAAGUUCCCCUCUUUAAGUCGAAAAGUCUUUAUCCUGAAGAUGAAGGGGAAUUCCCUAGAUAACAAACUGUUUAAGGAAGAGAACUAGUUUUGUAAAAAUAUUUAUUGCUUUCUAAUUAUUGGGUAAAAGAUGAACCCGGGAAACCCUUUCAGUGGGCAGCAGGCUAGUGCUUUUGCAGUAUCUUCUAGUAGUUCUGUAGGUACAUUUCAGGCUAAGCCACCAUUUCGCUUUGGUCAGCCUUCUCUUUUUGGACAAAACAAUACAUUAUCUGGGAAGAGCCCAGGAUUUUCACAGGUACCCAGCUUUGCAGCACCUUCCGGAGUAAGUCAAUCCUCUUCAGUGCAAACGUUUGGAGUCACCCAGACCUCAAGUACUGCACUCUUUUCUGGACUUGAACACACUCCUCCUUUUGUAGCUACCUCUGGGCCUUCAAGUUCGUCUGUGCCUAGAAACCCAGGAUUUAGUUUUACAUCACCCAGCACUGGGAUUUUUCCAAGUACUUCCACUUUUGGACCAGAAGCUGGAGAAAUAGUGAGCUCUGGUUUUGGGAAAAAAGAAUUCAGCUUUAAACCUCUGGAAAAUGCAGUAUUCAGACCAAUACUGGGGUGUGAGUCCGAGCCAGAGAAAACUCAGAGCCAAAUUACACCUGGGUUUUUCAAAUUUUCCCACCCAAUUAGUGGACCUGGAGGCCUGACCUCUUUUUCUUAUCCUCAUGUGACAAGUAGCUCAGCUACAAAUUCAAGUUUUAUCUUUUCAAAACCAGUUAAUAGUAGUAAUUCAUCAUCUGCUUUUACCCCUGCUUUGCCAAACCAAAAUGUAGAGGAAGAUAAGCGGGUACCCAAAUCAAUAUUUGGAAGUUCUAGUAGUAGUAGCUUCAGUAGCUUCCCUGUUACAUCAUCUGGGUCUUUGGGAGAACCCUUCUCAGUUAGCAAAACUGGUGUCCGACAAGGGUGUGAAGAUGCUGUUUCCCAGGUGGAGCCACUUCCCAACCUUAUGAAAGGACUGAAAAGGAAAGACGACCAGGAUCGUUCCCCCAGAAGACAUGGCCAUGAGGCAGCAGAAGACUCAGACCCUCUAUCCAGAGGUGAUCAUCCUCCAGAUAAACGCCCUGUGCGCCUGAAUCGACCCCGGGGAGGGACUCUGUUUGGUCGGACAAUACAGGAUGUCUUCAAAAGCAAUAAAGAAGUAGGCCGUCUGGGCAACAAGGAUUCCAAAAAAGAAAGUAGUUUUGUGGAGUCUGGGGAAAGUGAACAUAUGGCAAUCCCAGGAGGGAGUCAGUCUGCUCUGGCAUCUUCCCGGCUUCCAGGUGUGAAUAAAGAGGAAGAAACCCAAAGCAGAGAGAAAAAAGAAGAUUCUCUAAGGGGAACUCCUAUACGUCAGAGUAAAAGAAGUGAGAGCACGGACAGUCUUGGAGGCUUGUCUCCCUUGGAAGCCACAGCUAUUCAGUGUAAGAAUCCCGAUUACCUCAAUGACAGAAUCCUGGAGAACCACUUCAGCAAAAUCGCUAAAGUACAGCGCAUAUUUACCAGGCGCAGCAAAAAGCUUGCAGUGGUGCAUUUUUUUGAUCAUGCAUCUGCAGCCCUUGCUAGAAAGAAGGGGAAAGGCUUGCAUAAGGAUGUGGCUAUAUCUUGGCACAAGAAGAAAAUAAGUCCCAACAAGAAACCCUUUUCCCUGAAGGAGAAGAAACCUGGUGAUGGUGAAGCCAGCCAGAGCACAGAGGACUCACCCUUUCGGCACUCUCCUCUUGGCAAGCCUGUUGUGAGGACUGCAGCCAGCAGCCUCCUGAAUAAAAGCUCUCCUGUGAAGAAGCCCAGUCUGGUAAAGGCCCACCAGUUUGAGGGAGACCCUUUUGACUCUGGGUCUGAGGGCUCCGAGGGCCUUGGUCCAUGUGUGUCACCUCUCAGCACCCUGAUAGGGACCACGGCUGAGACAUCUGAAGAGAAGUACCGCCUGCUUGACCAGAGAGACCGAAUCAUGCGGCAAGCUCGGGUGAAGAGGACAGAUCUGGACAAAGCGAGGACUUUUGUUGGGACAUGUCCUGACAUGUGUCCUGAGAAGGAGCGGUACAUGCGUGAGACCAGGAGCCAGCUGAGUGUGUUUGAAGUGGUCCCGGGUACUGACCAGGUGGACCAUGCAGCAGCUGUGAAGGAGUACAGCCGGUCCUCUGCUGAUCAGGAGGAGCCUCUGCCACAUGAGCUGCGGCCCUCAGCUGUCCUCAGCAGGACUAUGGACUACCUGGUGACCCAGAUCAUGGACCAGAAGGAUGGUAGCCUGCGGGACUGGUACGACUUCGUGUGGAACCGCACACGGGGCAUACGGAAGGACAUCACGCAGCAGCACCUCUGUGACCCCUUGACAGUGUCCCUGAUUGAGAAGUGCACUCGGUUUCACAUCCAUUGUGCUCACUUCAUGUGUGAGGAGCCCAUGUCCUCCUUCGAUGCCAAGAUCAAUAAUGAAAACAUGACUAAGUGUCUUCAGAGUCUGAAGGAGAUGUAUCAGGACCUGAGGACCAAGGGUGUCUUCUGUGCCAGUGAAGCUGAGUUCCAGGGCUACAAUGUUCUGCUCAAUCUCAAUAAGGGAGACAUCCUGAGAGAAGUGCAGCAGUUCCACCCUGAUGUUAGAAACUCCCCUGAGGUGGACUUCGCUGUCCAGGCUUUUGCUGCAUUGAACAGUAAUAAUUUUGUGAGAUUUUUCAAACUGGUCCAGUCAGCUUCUUAUCUGAAUGCGUGCCUGUUACACUGUUACUUUAAUCAGAUUCGUAAGGACGCUCUUCGAGCACUCAACGUUGCAUACACUGUGAGCACACAGCGCUCUACUGUCUUUCCCUUGGAUGGUGUAGUACGCAUGCUACUGUUUAGAGAUUGCGAAGAGGCAAUAGACUUCCUCAACUACCAUGGUCUCACUGUUUCUGAUGGCUGUGUCGAGCUUAAUCGGUCUGCAUUCCUGGAACCAGAAGGAUUAUUCAAGGCCAGGAAGUCAGUAUUUAUUACCAAGAAGCUGAUGGUGUCCGUUGGGGAAGUUGUGAAUGGAGGGCCAUUGCCCCCAGUCCCUCGUCACAUCCCUGUGUGCAGCUUCAACUCCCAGAACAAAUACAUUGGGGAGAGCCUAGCUGCGGAACUGCCUGUCAGCACUCAGAGACUCGGCAUGGACGUAGCAGGUGGUGGCAGAACAGAGGAGUGUGGAGCAGAGUUGGAUGUGCCACCACCAGGUUUCCUCCCACAGCCUCUUUCUGGCUCCACACCCUUACCUGCUUCUCUGCCUCAUGUUCCAUCACUGACCCUGGCUGUGGCACCCAACCUCUUCCAGCCCUCCAUGCAGCCAGAGCUGCUGCCUCCUAAGCCUGCUCCCAAGUAUUCUGAUGCGGACCUGGUGCAGGUAGUAGAUGAGCUUAUCCAGGAGGCUCUUCAGCGGGACUGUGAGGAAGUCGGCACUGCUGGGGCAGCAUAUGUGGCUGCAGCUUUAGGUGUUUCUAAUGCUGCCAUGGAGGAUUUGUUAACAGCUGCAACUACGGGAAUUUUGAGGCAUGUUGCAGCUGAAGAAGUGGCUAAGGAAAGAGAGCGAAGGGAGGAGGAGAAACGGCAGGCUGAAGAGGAAAGGUUGAAACAAGAGAAAGAGCUGGUGUUAACUCAGCUGAGCCAGGGCUUGGCUGCCGAGCUGACAGAACUCAUGGUGACAGAGUGUGUGUGGGAAACCUGCUCCCAGGAGUUGAAGAGUGCAAUGCAGACAGACCAGAGGAUUCGCAUGGCCCGUUGCUGUGAGGAUGUCUGUGCUCACUUGGUAGACUUGUUUCUAGCUGAGGAAAUUUUCCAGAUUGCAAAGGAGAUGCUCCAAGAACUUCAGUGUUUCUGCAAGUAUCUGCAGCGGUGGAGGGAAGCUGUUGCAGCCCGGAAGAAACUCAGGCGCCAGAUGCGGGCCUUCCCUGCAGCACCCUGCUGUGUGAACGUGAAUGAUAGGUUGCGGGCACUGGCACCCAGUGCAGAGUGCCCCAUUGCUGAGGAGAACCUGGCCAAGGGCCUCCUGGACCUGGGCCAUGCAGGGAAAGUAGGCAUCUCCUGCACCAGGCUGAGGCGGCUCAGAAACAAGACGGCUCACCAGAUGAAGGUUCAGCACUUUCACCAUCAGCUGCUCAGCACGGCUGCGUGGGCACCUCUUGACCUGCCAUCCUUUGUGGCUGAGCACCUCCCUUUGAGGCGGGAGCGUGUAUUUUGGAAACUGGUGCUGGUGUUGCCUGAUGGAGAAGAGCAGUUCCCAGGCACUCCUGGAAGAAUUCUAGCAAAUUGGCUGAAGGUCAAGUUCAUGGGUGAUGAUGCCUUGGUAGAUGACACAUGUAGUAAUGCUGGUGAGAUGCAGACACUUAGAAUUUCCAACGUGCUCAGCAGCAAAGGAGAUCAGACAAUUUCUGUCAAUGUGUGUAUAAAGGUGGUCCAUGGCACCUUCAGUGAUGGUGCCCUGGAUGCUGUGGAGAACCAGAAGGACCUCUUGGGAGCCAGUGGGCUCAUGCUGCUACUCCCUCCCCAAGUGAAGAGUGAGGACCUGGCAGAAGAGGACGUGUAUAGGCUGUCAGCUUUGCUGCAGCUCAAGCAGCUCCUGCAGGCCAAACCUUUCCAACCUGCCCUUCCACUGGUGGUUCUUGUUCCCAGCUCUAGAGGGGAUGCCGUCGGAAAAGAAGUGGAGAAUGAUCUGAUGCUGCAGGAUUUGGUUUCAGCCAAGCUGAUUUCAGAUUACACUGUUAUUGAGAUCCCUGAUUCUAUUAAUGAUUUACAAGGCACGAUGAAGGUUUCUUGGGCAGUACAGUGGCUGGUCUCCCACUGCCCCAAUGCCCUUGACCUUUGCUGUCAGACCCUUAUUCAGUACGUGGAAGAUGGGGUUGGCCGUGAGUUUAGUGGCCGGUUUUUCCAUGACAGAAGAGAGAGGCGCCUGGGCCUCCUGUCUUCCCAGGAGCCCAGUGCCAUUGUUGAGCUCUUCAAUAGUGUGCUGCAGUUCCUGGCCUCCGUGGUGUCCUCUGAGCAGCUGUGUGACCUGUCCUGGCCUAUCACCGAGUUUGCUGAGGCAGGGGGCAGUCAGCUGCUUCCUCACCUGCACUGGAACUCCCCAGAGCACCUGGCCUGGCUAAAGCAGGCUGUGCUUGGGUUCCAGCUUCCAGAGAUGGACCUUCCACCCCAAGGGGCGCCCUGGCUUCCCAUGUGCUCCAUGAUCAUUCAGUACGCCUCUCAGAUCCCCAGCUCACGCCAGACACAGCCUGUCCUCCAGUCCCAAGUGGAGAGCCUGCUUCACAAAACGUAUUGUAGGUGGAAGAGCAAGAGCCCCUCCCUGGGCCAGGAGGCAGGGCCCUCAGUUGCCCAAGUUCCAUGGGAUGAUAUCAUCUCCUUGUGCAUCAAUCACAAGUUGAGGGACUGGACACCCCCCCGGCUUCCUCUCACAUCAGAGGCACUGAGUGAAGAUGGUCAGAUAUGUGUAUAUUUUUUUAAACAUCAUUUGAAGAAAUAUGAUGUUCCUUUGUCGUGGGAACAAGCCAGAGUGCAGACCCAGAAGGAGCUACAGCUGAGUCAGGGACGUUUGGGGAUAAAGUCUUUUCAUCCUUCUGCAAGCAAUUUUCCUACUCCGUUGCUUCAUCUGCACCAUAAAGGGAAGAGAAAUGCAGAAUGGGGCCGAGAGGGGAGUCUCAGUGCAGAGGAUCUGAUGAGAGGAGCUUCAGCAGAGGAGCUCCUGGUGCAGUGUCUGUCCAACAGUCUGCUGCUGGAGAAAGAGGAGAACAAGAGGUUUGAAGAUCAACUUCAGCAGUGGUUGUCUCAAGACUCAGGAGCAUUUACAGAUGCAGCUUCCUUUCCCCUCUACCUUCCUCAGACACUAGUGUCUUUUCCUCAGACUAUUGAAUCUGUGGUAAAAACAUCUACGAUAGCUAGCCCACAGAAUGCAAGGACAGAGGAGCAAUUGAAGUUCUCAGAAGCAACAGGCACAUCUCUGACUGAACGGCUAAAGCACCUGGAAAGGCUGAUCCAGAGUUCAAGGGAAGAGGAUGUUGCCUCUGAGCUCCAUCUUUCUGCACUGCUGGACAUGGUAGACAUCUGAGCAGCCUGAUCAUUUGAGAUAAUCUCUCCAGAAGAGUUUCUUCUUUUACUCAAAUUAUGUUAUUCUCAGAUGCAUGAUGCACUGUUGGAAAUAUGAUUAUGAAUCAUGCAAAUAAACCAUUUGAAUUUC